CGUGUCCCUUACAGCCUUUUCUAGUGGAGGGGCGUGUCGAAAAAUGGAGACUGGGUUUGGUCGACGUCCCCGUCCUCCAUCCUCGUACCUAGUUCCCGACGCUCUGCGACGGACGAAUAUUAUGACUCAAAAUCUUUCCCUCCUCCCUCUGUGUCUGUGAUUUCUAACUCUCGAACCGUUCGCGAUACUUUUUUCUACAAACACCCUUUGCGACCUCUCUCCCUCGUUCUGCAGACCAAGAUACUCCAUUUCUCCAGACUCUUUAUUGUGUGACGCCACUCCCCCCCAGGAAAAGAUCCGCCCUAGUUUUUUAUUUUAUUUUAGUGUACUUACACCUCCCCGCGAGAUCUGCCCCGCACUCGCCCAAGAUGCCCAUGCUCAAGGAACCGUGGAAGAAGUACAAGCCCUUCCCUCCUCUCAAUCUUCCCGACCGCCAAUGGCCCUCCAAGACCAUCACAAAAGCCCCGCGAUGGCUCUCGACCGAUUUGCGCGAUGGCAACCAAAGCUUGGUUGACCCAAUGAACGGCGAUGAGAAGUGGCGCUACUUCAAGAUGCUGUGCGACCUGGGCUACAAGGAGAUCGAGGUCUCCUUCCCGUCGGCCUCGCAAACCGACUUCGACUUCACUCGCCGCCUCAUCGAGACCCCCGGCGCCGUCCCCGACGACGUAUACCUCCAGGUCCUCUCCCCCUGCCGCGAGGACCUCAUCAAGCGCACAGUAGAGUCCCUCAAGGGCGCCAAGAACGCCAUCGUCCACAUCUACCUCGCCACGAGCGAGUGCUUCCGGAGGAUCGUCUUCGGCUUCACCGAGGACGAGAGCGUCGAGUUGGCCGUCAAGUGCACCAAGCUGGUGCGCUCCCUGACCAAGGACGACCCCUCCCAGUCCGGGACCAACUGGCAGUUCGAGUUCAGCCCCGAGACCUUCUCCGACACCUCCCCCGAGUUCGUCAUCCGCAUUUGCGAGGCCGUCAAGGCCGCUUGGGAGCCCACCACCGAGGUGCCCAUCAUCUUCAACCUGCCCGCCACUGUCGAGAUGGCCACCCCCAACGUCUACGCCGACCAGAUCGAGUACUUCUGCAGGAACAUCACCGAGCGCGAAAAGAUCGCCGUCUCCCUCCAUCCCCACAACGACAGAGGCUGCGCCGUCGCCGCCGCCGAGCUGGCCCAGAUGGCCGGCGCCGACCGUGUCGAGGGUUGCCUCUUCGGCAACGGCGAGCGCACAGGCAACGUCGACCUCGUCACCCUCGGCCUGAACCUCUACACCCAGGGCGUCUACCCCAACGUCGACUUCUCCGACCUGAACCGCGUCAUCGACAUGGUCGAGGUCUGCAACAAGAUCCCCGUCCACCCCCGCGCCCCCUACGGCGGCUCCCUCGUCGUUUGCGCCUUCUCCGGCUCCCACCAGGACGCCAUCAAGAAGGGCUUCCAGGUCCGCGAGCAGACGGUCAAGUCCAACGACGAGCACUGGCAGCUCCCCUACCUGCCCCUCGACCCCACCGACAUCGGCCGCACCUACGAGGCCAUCAUCCGCGUCAACUCCCAGAGCGGCAAGGGCGGCGCAGCCUGGAUCAUCCUUCGCAAGCUCCAGCUCGACCUCCCCCGCGGCCUGCAGGUCGCUUUCUCCAAGGUCGUGCAGGACAAGGCCGACCAGCUCGGCCGCGAGCUCCUCUCGGACGAAAUCACCGAGCUCUUCGAGUCGACCUACUACCUCCGCGACAACCCGCGCUUCACCCUCGUCGACUACAGCAUCGCCCCGGACCGCUCGCAGUCCCCCGCGCCGCCCCAGCCCGGCAAGACCCAGGACACCAAGAACCUUCAGCGUGUGUUCGAGGGCGUCGUCGCCAUCGACGGCAAGGAGCACAGGCUUCGCGGCCGCGGCAACGGUCCCAUCUCGAGCUUGGCCAACGCCCUCAAGAGCGUCGGCGUCACCCUCGACGUCGAGGACUACAAGGAGCACGCCAUCGGCGCCGGCCGCGACGUCAAGGCCGCCACCUACAUCGAGUGCACGGCUACCGGCACCAAGCAGAGGUACUGGGGUAUCGGCAUCCACGAGGACGUGGUGCAGAGUUCCCUCGUUGCCCUGCUGAGCGCCGCCAGCAACUUCAUCGGCAGCCGCCCCGGGAGCCCCGUCUUCCACAAACCCAUGCCCACACGGCCCAUGAGCCAAGAGCUGAACCUCGAGUCGGCUAACGGAACAAACGGAACGAACGGUGCGCUGGGCUUCGUCUCGGUCCUCGAAGACAAGGCGAACGGCAUGUAAAAAAGGUGGCAGUCAAGUCUCGAAAAUGAGGCGUGGCGUGGGACGGUCUUUUUCUUCUUCUUCUUUUAUACGCAUUCAAGGGAAUGAAAAAAAAUGUUGGGGUUCAGACAUGCAUAUCGUGGGGACGAGGUUGAGAAUAAAAAAGCAGAUGGAUGACUGACCGGGCAUGGCCGACGAGGUUUUUUGUCGUUAACUGUCGGCGGUGUAGCAGCAUAGCCACGAAAGGCAUUUUUUUCUGUAUCUUCUUGUUGGAGCAGUUUUGCCAAUGCAUGAAUGGGAAUCUAGUCAAGGUGAUCUCGCCUCGCCCCCCCCGUGGAGUGAAGACAGAAGAAGGACACCCCCUUUUGAACGCUGCCAAGAUGCGAGACUAUGACU